UUGCCCAGUACCCCACUGAGCUCAGAAGAAGAGGGAUGUCUAAGUCAGAAGAAUUGACGGUAGCCCUCGUGGGUCUGGUAGCAGCAGUUCUGGCGCAGUCAGUAGAGCAGAAUCACGACCGUGGCCCGGGGCAACCAGACACAAUGCUAAUCAAUGCAUGUCCGCAAUGUCUUACGGUAUCAGAUCGGCACGUGGGGAAGCAGCUGAAGCUCGAGGCUAUCAAACAACAGAUUCUUUCGAAACUAAACCUACAUCAGCGGCCUAACAUGACAUCUCCUGUAACUCGAGAGGUCGUUCUAGAAGCCCUCCGGCGGAGCUCGGGCCACCUGUUUCCUGAAGCCUUGCCGCAGGACCAGCCAGCUGGAGAGGCAACUGAAGACCAGGAGCAAGACGAUCACGAAGAAUUCUACGGAAAAACCUCAGAAAUCAUAGUCUUCUCCGAACAUGGUGGUAGAUGGAACGAAAAUAUUCUAUUAGACUUCUACCACCCCCAAAGCCGCUCCCAACGACUUCGAGUAGUUUCUGCAAAUCUGUGGAUCCAGCUCCGUCAGAAAAUGCCAAGAACUUCAGAUGAGACAGCGCCCAGGAAUAAUCUGACGCUAUACGUAUUCGAAGCAGACCGAUUCCCAAACAAUACAGUGAAAACACUGAGAUGGCUCCGAUCCCACGAUGUUGAAUCUUUCACAGUUGGAUGGCAGCGGUUUAACCUACGUGUCCCUGUACGGAAAUGGUUUUCUAAACCAGAAAGUACAAAGUUAACGCUACUUGUUGACUGUAGUGGUUGUGGUUCAGCAGUAGAACCAGUCCUCUUCAGUGGCGUUAACGGGAUCAGAAGGAGAGGUCAUCGGAGACGACAUCGACAUUCUCACAGACAUAACCAGUCAUCUGCACCAGGUAUCAGACCAUUUUUAGCAAUAACUACAGAGCCCAUACCUCGACGGAGAAGCAGGAGAUACGCCGUCACGUGCAACACUCAUACCACUCAAUGCUGUAAGCAGAGCCUGUGGGUUAGUUUCGAACAGCUUAAUUGGGACGACUGGAUCGUGUGGCCCAGAGGGUACAGCGCUAAUUACUGUGUAGGAGAAUGUGGUCGAUCUCCACAGACACCCGACUUGUUUCCGGAUCGUUACUAUUAUUCUCAAGUGUUAGAUGAGUAUCGUCGGAAGAAUCCAUUUGCAUCCAUCACUCCUUGUUGUGCUCCAACAAAAUUGACAAAAAUGUCGAUAGUGUAUCUUGACGGAGACCGAAACAUCUACAAGGCCGAUCUUCCAAACAUGAAAGUGGAGGAAUGUGGCUGUACGUAGUGACUGAUACCAGUAAAUAACUUGAAAGUCCGUCCUAGUGUAGUGUCGAUAAAUCGGAAGGUAAUAGCCUUAAAGGUUUCUGGUCCAACUACCGAUUCCAAAAAUAAAAGUGAAUAUUUUUCUGAGCUAGAAUAGGUCAGAGGCCAAUCUCAGCUCUGGUUGCGGGAGAUUGUGAAUCCUUGAAUUAGUCCAAGUCGCACUGUGAUAGCUCGUUUGUGGUGCCUUUGUUUUAAACGCCAUAAGAAAAAAAAAAGCUGUUUAACCUACAAGUUACGUCUUGCUUGCAUUAAUGUUCAUCACUUAAUAUCUAACACCUUCAGAAUUUAGCCUAUGUUUCAAGUGGCCAGUACAUUCUUAUAUUUUGAAAGUAUCAUAAUUGUAUUCAGAAAUCUAUGGCUUGGUAGGUUAAAAGGAA